AUGGGUUCCCAGCACACCAGCCAUCAAGCUGCGAGUCAGCGCGCGAGCACAGGUGGUGACCAUUUGGUCUUCACAUGGUCAUCACGCGCAUCCACGACUCGGUCGCAAUCGAAUCACCGGGAGACCCGCUCGAGCUCGCGUGCACUCCUGAGUGACGGGCUAUCGACAGAGACACGGGAAUAUUCUACUUUUGCUGAGAGUAGCUCGUCUCACAGAAGUAGUGACACCAACUCCGAUUCUGCUAGUAUCACAGAUACUCGCCUUGACUCGGACUCUUCUAAUAGUGCAUCCCCCCACAAUGACACCGCGCCCGCGGAAAUGGUAGGCUGGGCUUCCAUGCCGAAGAAAGGUCAACUGGCCAUCUUGACCUUUGCUCGUCUCUCUGAGCCGCUUACGCAAACUUCCCUCCAGGCCUACUUGUUUUAUCAGCUUCAGUCGUAUGAUACAUCUCUUCCAGCCUCCACGAUCAGCACCCAGGCUGGGGUUAUGCAGGGUAGCUUUACCGCUGCUCAGUUCCUCACCGCGAUGUGGUGGGGGAGUUUCGCGGAUAUGGAGAUCAUGGGACGGAAGAGGGUUAUGCUGAUUGGGUUGGCUGGGACAUGUAUUUCGUGUAUUGGAUUUGCGUUCUCAAAGAGCUUUACUGCAGCCGUGUUGUUUAGAAUUGCGGGUGGCGUGCUGAAUAGUAACGUCGGGGUGUUACGGACGAUGAUCGCGGAGAUUGUGAGUGAUAAAAAGUAUCAGUCGCUGGCCUUCUUGAUUCUUCCAAUGUGUUUCAAUGUAGGUGUGAUUAUUGGACCGAUACUUGGAGGGUCCAUGGCAGAUCCCAUCAAGACCUACCCCGGGUUAUUUGGUCCCGGGAGUAAGUUCGGUGGAAGGGAAGGUGUGUCGUGGAUGAAAGAAUGGCCGUUUGCCCUGCCGAAUCUUGUUAAUGCACUUAUUGUUUUCAUGGCCAUGGUAGCGGUGCUCUUCGGACUGGAAGAGACGCAUGAGCUUGCUCAGUACCGAAGUGAUUGGGGAUUGAAGGCGGGACGGACGUUGAAAAGAGUUAUGACAGGUUGCUCCCUUCGCAAGGAUUAUCAACCUCUGAACAAUCAUCAAGCAGACGACGAGCCUUUGUUUUCUGGCGAUGUCAACGGCAACAUGGGCUCCGCCGAUGAAUCCCAAGCCCGUGCAAAGCAAAGGAAGCGUCCCGGGUUCCGCCACGUUUGGACACGAAACUUGAUUCUAAUCCUGGCCAUCAAUUUCCUUCUUGCAUUCCACGCCAGCGCCUUUAAUUCCAUGACAUUCACAUUUCUCUCCAUCCCGCGAACCCCACUGAGCGAGCAAGGCUGGUUCCACUUUGGUGGUGGCUUGGGACUGGAAUCAUCACAGGUUGGUCUUGCGACAACCAUUAUUGGUGUCAUUGGUCUGCCAUUGCAGAUCUUCGUUUACCCUUAUGUGCAGUCUUGGCUGGGAACUUUGAAAGCAUUUCGUGUUUUCCUCCCAUUCUCACCUCUUGCAUACGCCCUAUUACCGUUUGCUGUGAUCCUGCCUCGAGUUGCCUAUCUUAUUUGGCCUUACUUUACCAUCAUGGUCUUUCUGCAGGUUGUCUCUCGCACAUUUGCACUUCCGGCGGGUAUUAUACUCAUUAACAAUUGCGUUUCCAGUCCCCUUGUUCUUGGCACCGUUCACGGGGUUGCGCAAAGUAUCACUUGCGCUGCGAGGACAUUGGGGCCCAUUGUUGGUGGAUGGGGAUUAGCGCUUGGCUUGAAGUAUAAUAUUGUUGGUGGAGUGUGGUGGGGACUAGCCGCAGAAGCAUUACUCGGCUGGGUGCUGCUUUGGACGGUCUAUGAGGGCAAUGGCAUUGAACAGGACGAAACGGAUGAGGAGUGA